AUGGUCGUAGUGCAGCGUCUACAGCCACAAGUUGAUGCCUGUAAUGUAUUGAAGGACAUGCAAGUUGUUAAGAAUAUAAGACGUAAUUCAGAGGGUCCAAGUGAACAGUUGUUACCCGACUUUUAUUGCGAACACACAACUUUGGCAAUGAAUCGUGAGAGGCGAAAACAUGCUCUAAUCAAAUUACUACAAUUGGUAAAAGCUGAUUUGGAACGCGAACGACGUUCACGUAAUGGAUUGAAGGGUCUCUCGCAAUCAUUGAAUAACCAAGAGAAUCAAAAUAUUACCGAUAAAUUGUAUCAUAUUCGUUCAAUGCUAACAUAUUUGGAGGGCUCCCGUUUUAAAUUACAUUCAGCUUUGCUGGAACUGGAUCAUAAGCCACGUACAACGCAUCCUCUUGCGCAACAUAUACAAAUAACACGUGAUCGUACAGGACUACAACAGAGUAUACUGAAAGUACCACUUUGGUUGAAGAACAAUGACAAACUGAAUAAUUCGAAUGUUGAUGAUUCAUUGCGCGACAAUGAAUAUGAUUGCAUCUCACAAGCGAAUACAUCCUCAAAUGUUAGCUGCACUGAUUUAAAUAAGGAUAUGCUGUUAAAGAAAUUUAGUCGUAGUAAGAGCAACAUUGAAACGUUUAGCAUUAACACACAGAUUUGUCUACAAAAUCCAUUAGAAAAAUCGAAAACACUACAAACAAAUAUCGACGAUCCAUACAGUGAUCGUGGACAAGCGGACGGUGGCUCCAAUCAACAAGAUUCUGAUUUUGAUGAGUUCAGUUCACAAGAUGAAGAUGAUGAAAUGACCAAUUCAGGUGGUCGCAAAGAACAUAAAGUGAUAAUUGAGAAAAGUACGAUGCUUGCAAAUGGCAUAAGUAAUGGUGGCAUCACCAGCACUGAACAUCACUAUCAGAAUUCUGCAGAAAUACGCGCGGAGUGCACACAGAUUGCUGCCAAUAAUAAUAUCAAUAUGAAUGCAAAUGAAAUCUCUAGUUCUACAGUAGUAGUUUUAAGUAGAUGUAAGGCUUUAUACAGCUAUACACCAAAAUUAUAUGACGAACUGGAACUAAAUCCUGGCGAUAUUAUAGAAGUCCAUGCCAAACAAGAGGAUGGUUGGUGGUUGGGCGCAUUGCGUAAUCACAUUGGUAUUUUCCCCGCUACAUACGUGGAGGAGUUCGCUUGAAUAAAUUAAAUGGGUCAGUGUUGGCUAAUGACAACAUUGCUUACAGUGGAACAAAUUUAUUAUUUUCAAUGUAAAAUUAAGUGCAGUGGGUUUUCAUUUAAUCUCAUAUAUAUUUAGUGAGGCAAACUGAUAUUUAAAAUUUUAUUUAAUAUAUUUUAUUGCUAAAGCUAGUUUGUCCGCAUUAACGAAAAUUGUCUUCCCAACAACUGCCAAAAGAAUUGCUUUAACAUUACUUGUUACUUGUUACAGCAAAACAAAAUAUUUUAAAUAUUAAUUUUAGAUAUUUUUGAAUUAAAAUUCAAAUAAAUUCCCUGAAUUGUCCAAUAAGUACAACAUAUUUUGAUUAUUAUGUGUACUUAGAACUCUGCACUUGUGCUGUACUUUUGGGUUCUCAUACGACCGUCUCGAUAUGUGGGCGUAAAAGUACAGGAUAUCAGUGCAAUGUUCAUUUUCGCAAUAUUCUACAAGUCUAAGUGUGCAACGCACCAGUAAUUAUAAAAAUGAAUAAUGAAAAUAUCUAAACUAAUUUAUAUUUAUGUAGUCUAAGCAAUAUAAUAUAAACCUCAUGUCCCACAUAUAAGCGAUUUCAGUUUGUAGCAUAUUUUAAGCAUUGAGUAGUUAUAGAAAACGAUUUAAUUGAUAAUUAAUAUUCACUAAAUCCUGUAAAAUGCAAUU